CGGUUACGUCGGUAAAACAGUCUUGGCAGGAGAACCCUCGCGAUCUGGCGUCUAUUCCGCGAGCGAACGCGAACUGUCAAAAUAACCUCACAUUUAGUACAUAGAUUUUCGAAAAAAGAACAUAAAUAAAGUAACCCCAUUGGUCAGCAUGAUGUGUUGCUAGCUAUGUGAAUUUAAUGUGCAUUAUCUGGGCUAUCGGGCAAAACAUGACCCGGGGAGCUUGCACGCCCCGGAAGCGGUUCGUGUACCUGCUCAUUUGCGCCGCAGCGGUAUUUUCCCUACUCGUCUUUACCCUCUCUGGAGGGAGUCUGCAGAACGAGAUGAAGAUGGAACAGAAGCUGUUCGACAUGCAGGCUCACCUUCAGUUACUGGAGUCCCUCUACCGCUCCCGCCAGCAAGAAGUUAUUUCCAUGCAGGCAAAAAUGACAGACAGACACGCGGACAUCAACCGCUCAACAAUCAUUGACGGGUCUUCUUCAACCAAUCUUACUCCAGAGAUGCAAGCGCUUUUGAAGAAUUUAACAGGUACAAGGGCCGCUGCUGGUCUUCAAACGAAGCAGCUGCCGGCGCUGUCUUCGGCAUUCAACACGCAACUCCUGCCUCAUCUCCUGUUAGACCCGUUCAGUCUGACACCAGCCUAUCACAUGAGAGUUGAGAGGAAAACCUUUGCAGAUGUUGUCAUUGGAGUGCCCACAGUGAAAAGAGACAAGGAGAGCUAUUUGCUGAUCACACUUACUCAUCUCAUAGACGGAUUGACGGAAGAAGAUUUAACAUCAACACUCAUCGUAGUAAUGGUCGGCGAGACAGACUUGGAAUACGUUCUCAACACUGCAAGACAGAUUGAAACUUUAUUUCCAAAGCACGUAGAAAAUGGAUUGGUUGAAGUGAUCUCGCCUCCAGCUUCCUACUACCCCGACCUGGACGCUUUACCGCUGACUCUUGGCGAUUCCCAAAAGCGAGUGAAAUGGAGGACAAAACAGAAUCUGGACACUAUAUUCUUGAUGGCGUACGCUCAAAGCUGUGGUGCCUUUUACUUGAUGCUGGAAGAUGAUGUAGUUGCCAAGAAUAAAUACAUGCAGGACAUAAAACAGUUCACCACAGCCACAACGACCUCAACUCCUGACUGGUUCUUCAUAGAGUACUGCCAAGUUGGUGGUAUCGGCAAGUUGUUCCGGUCCGCCGAUCUGAUCCGCUUCAUCACCUAUGUCCAGCUGUUCUAUAACAACCUCCCCAUUGACUGGUUGUUAGAGAGCUACCUGGCAGACAAAGUGUGCACCAUCGAUAAGACUUCAAAAGCGUGUGGUAAGAACAAGGAGAUGAUACGGCCGAAGUACAAGACUUCACUCUUCCAGCACAUUGGGCUGUAUUCCUCACUCAAGGGCAAGAUACAGAAAGUAAAAGAUUCCCAUUUCGGUACGGUGCCAACUUUCUACCCUCAUUCGAAUCCGCCGGCGACGGCGAAGACCACAAUCCCAGAGCAUUCCGACCACACCUUGCAGAGGGCGUAUGAUGGCCACACGUACUUCUGGGGGGUGAAGCCGAAAAAGGGAGACACCAUGGACUUCACAUUCAACAAACCCACCGUUAUUGAAAAAUACACCUUCCGAAGCGGUAACGUCGAGCACGUCUCCGACAAAAUCACCGAGUGCGCCGUGGACCUCCUCUCCGUGAACGGCAGCUACAUUCACAUCGGCUUCUUCGACGAAUUCGGCUUGGCGGACGGCGAGGUCAAGAAAGAUACAGGUCCACUCACUAGUGUACGCCUGAGGUUUCUGAAAGACAGCGCUUACUGGGUCAUUCUCAGUGAGAUUGAACUCAAACCUCCGGACCCAGAAGCGAGGUGACGCAAGAGCAAGAAACCCUGGGACCAGCUCGUCAAAAUGCUGUUGAAACGUCAGUAAACUGCCAUAUUUCAAACUCCGUGUGAAUCACUUAUGACACGGUAAAAUUAAAAGUCCUCAAGAUUUCCUUUUUGUCACAAUGCAGAUGAAUAUUUAAAUGUAUACCCACUUUAUGUAUUUAACUAUUGUUAAAAAAAUAUUUCUAUGUAAUGGUCAUCAAGCUUGAAAUCAUUAGGAUUGGUUGAUGUUAAAUUAAUAAAGGUAUCAAAAUUUAUUGGAUUAAGUAAGUUAGUGAAGUGAAAAAUUAAAUUUUACACACUGAGGUGCUUACGCAAAAUUAACAAAUGGAUAAAAGUAAUUGUAGUCUAUAAGUUGGUACAUCAGUUGUCUGUUGUAUUUACAAAAUGGCGCACGAUGACCUCACAAAAUGGCCGAUGGUAAAUUGUCUCAAAGUCGUGCCAAAAGCCUUUUUUUAUUUCCGUUUGUAUGUGGGCCACCGCUGUCGUGUCGGGCGAAUAUAUUUUCUUAAGUUGUCCACAGUAAGGAGAAACAAUAAAUUAUUAUUAUGAUUUCUUUUUUAAAUUAUUAUAUGAGCCAUAGUGUCGAGGUGCAUAUUAAUAUUACACUUUAAUUAACAUUUUGUUUGUUUAAUAAAGGGAACCGUCUUAUUUUUGCAUUUUGUUAUUAUUUUUUUCAUUCAUAAGAUUUUGUUUGUUACAUACAUUAGUGAAGAUUUGAAUAAGAAAAAUAUUUUUAUACUUAAAAUAAAGUACCUAUUUAAACCUGUCGCUUAAAGGGCUGGAGCACUGUGAAUAAUGUCUUGUCCAUUUUAACAUUCCUAAGAAAAUAAAACUAAAACAUUGAAAUGCUUUGACUUAUUAUAAAUCGCCCUUUUUAUUGUAUUUUAGACUUAAUAAGCGUUGACGUUGUAUUGUUUCGUAGAAGCUUAUAUCUGCGAAAAAAUAAUUAGGAUGCCGUGUAAAGUUAAAAUUUCAAACUUUAUGGAUUCGCUAAUAUAAUCUACACAUUUCCUUUAAACAAAUUAACUUUAAACAAAAUUAUUGCAUCAAUAACAUAAAAUUCUCUAAUCAAAAUAAAGAACUUUAUAUCUUUAAAAUUUAAACUUUGCACUCUACUAUAUGUAAAAAUAUAUGAUGAAAGUUUAUUAAAGUGAAAUAAAUUUAUUAAUUACCUUUACUAUAUCUAAAGGCCAUGAAUAAGAUGUUAAUGUAAAUGGGUAUUGAAUAGUGACUGAAUAUGUAUAACAAUUGGAAUGUAAGAAAAAUUCAAAAAGAUUGAUUAAUAUUAUAAGCAUUUAUUGAUACUUAUUACUUGGACAUUAAAUAGCAAUUCUUUUUAACAAUAAACCAUAUUAUGCUCUUCAGUUAGUAAUUAGGAAUAAUAUUAUUUAAAUAUUGCACAGGAAUGGUAAUAAUGGAAUAAUAAUUAAUUUGAAUUUAUAUUUUACACUUAUUUAAAAUACUUGCUCCUUGAAAGGGUGGUAUACUAACAUGCCAUAUUAUUUUAUUUGAAAUUUUGUAAGAAAAUGGCUUAUAUCUUAUCUAUAAAUAAAUAUUUACGGUGUGCAUACAAUGCGUCGACGGAAAUGUGAACAUGCAGUAAUUUUUUGACUUCCCUCUAUAACAAACAUGCUAAUACCAAAAAAAUAUUUUAUGUUAGUUUUUUUUUCUGCAUUGUGUAGAAUUUUUAUAAGCUUUGAAUUGAUAAGACAAGAAACAUCGGUUUUUAAACAGUAUUUAAUUAAUUUAAAAGUGUUAUGUAUGAGGUUGAUACAAGUUAUAAUAAGUACUUAUUAGAUAGAUUAUAUUGUUCGUAUUUAGGUCAUAGAUUUGAAGUUUGACUUCAGUAACGUAUGGUUUAUAAGUGCAUAUUGUAUGUUUAGUAUUUUAUCGUAAGUUUGUGCACAAAGAUAUAUUCACAAACGAGUUUAUGACUUAUGAAAUCUAGUCCAUUAAGGGGUAAGGUAAUUUAUUGUCUUUUUCCUCAUCAAAUCCUGUUUCCAUUUCUUUAGGAUUUUACCUCUCACUUUUACUUUCUCUCUCGUAAUAAGGCUUUGUCGAGACUUAUCUUUGAUACUCCAAUAUGUGGGCGGUCUCUUCUACUUUUCUCUCCAGUCAGGUAUUUUUCCGAAACAGUAUCACAUUCAAUGUUUCACAAAAUAUGGAUUUGUAAGACGUUUUAGAAAUGAGCGCAACGUUGCUUCCUUUUUUAAAUUGUGAGUUAUAAAAGUUUAUAUAAAAAAAAAAUUUGUUCGUUUUUCCUCCGAGUUGUCUUUGAUUUUCUUAUCAAGUAAAUAUUGUAAUGUAUAACAUUCACAAACACAUUUAUUUAACAUGUGAUAAUUGUGAUCAAGAAAAGACUUUCUUGUGGGGUAUUAUGAUUUCUAUGCUUGCCACAUUUUUAUGACAAAGUGAACUGAAUAAGUUCUAAAUUAAAAAAUUUUGUUCAUUUGUCUGACCAAACUGUUUUAUUUUAUCUUGAAUAAAUAAAUUAUUUUUGUAUAUUUUGUUUUGCGCAACGUUGUUUCCUUUUUUUAAGUUGUGAGUUUUAAACGUUUUAUUUCAAAAAAGAAUGUUGCUAAACUUACCUCUGAAUAUAUUUAUUUUCUUAUGAAUUUCUGUAAUGUAAACAUUUCCACGCACAUUUAUUUUACUCGUAACAAUUGUGAUCAUGAAAAGACUUUUUGUUGUUUAUUUCGAUUUCUUUAGUUGCCACAUUUAUAAUAAAGUGAACUUAAUAAGCCCUUUAUUUGAAAAUUUAGUUUGUUUGUCUUCCCACACUGUUAUAUUUUAUGUUGAUUUAAUAAAUUAUUUUUAUUUAU